UGUGUGCGCAGAUCGCAACCUCAAAGGAGAAUGGAAAAGGAGGAGGAGGAGGUGUAGGAGCAGGACAAACAAGCGAACCGAGGGAGCGUAUUUCCAGCUGUAGAAGGUGUUUACUGCUCGCUGGGGGGGGGGAGGCGCGAGAGACGACGCGCAGACCUCCAGUCAUCCAGGGCGGAGGAGCGUCGUUGGAUACAGGGAGAAGGAGGAGGAAGAGGAGGAGUGAGCGUGGAUGCUGAUUUUUUUUUGUACACCGACGAACGAGCCCAGAAAGGGAGAAUUAUCAGGCGCGUGGAAUAGGCGUUUGUGGUCCCCAGCGAUGGACUUCAGCUGUCGCCACUGAGCUCUCUAGUUUUUUCUGAUGACCGACGGCUCCGAUGGCGCUCAUUCAUGAAUCACGUGCCCCCUCGCCUUCCCUCUCCGGCUUCAACAGCCCGCUCUCCGAUCCGCCAUCCUUCCGUCGCCUCGAUGCCGAAACACCUUGCACCCCAGAAAUGGACCUCACCCCGACCCAGUGCGUCCUUCGCAACGUCCUCUCCAUAGACACCGGAGGCGCCGUGGAGCCGGGGGGCGGCGGCGGUGGUGGUGGUGGUGGUGGAGGAGGGGGGGGAGGAGGAGGAGGAGAGGGGCAGACCUGUGCACACAACCAUACACCGAACGAGGAUCAACAGGAGCACUUUGCCAACAGUGUCCUGAAGCUACACGAGCAUGACGGGAGUCCAGGACGGACGGAGGGAGAGGGGCAGGAGAUGGAUGGCAGCGCCGUCAGGAGCCAUGCCGGUGUCGCCAGGCUACAGUGCCAUUCCACCGGAGGGGGUGGAGGGUUUCUGGAGGGGUUGUUUGGGUGUCUGCGGCCUGUCUGGACUAUGAUUGGCAAGGCGUACUCCACAGAGCACAAACACGGCCUGGACGAGGCGUGGGAGAUCCCCUUCGAGGAGAUAUCUGACCUGCAGUGGGUGGGCAGCGGAGCGCAGGGCGCCGUCUUCCUGGGCAAACUGUACGGACAGGAAGUGGCUGUCAAGAAAGUGCGGAACAUCAAAGAGACGGACAUCAAGCACCUGCGCAAGCUCAAGCACCCCAACAUCAUCACUUUCAAGGGUAUUUGUACCCAGGCGCCGUGUUACUGUAUCAUCAUGGAGUACUGUGCCCAAGGACAGCUGUUUGAGGUGCUGAGAGCGGGCAGGCAGAUCCAUCCCUCCCUGCUGAUGGACUGGGCCAUGGGCAUCGCCGGGGGCAUGAACUAUCUCCACCUCCACAAGAUCAUCCACAGGGACCUCAAGUCACCAAACAUGCUGAUCACUUAUGAUGACGCAGUGAAGAUUUCUGAUUUCGGCACAUCCAAGGAGCUCAGUGACAAAAGCACCAAGAUGUCCUUUGCUGGUACAGUGGCCUGGAUGGCUCCUGAAGUCAUACGCAACGAACCCGUUUCAGAGAAAGUGGAUAUUUGGUCGUUCGGCGUCGUGCUGUGGGAGAUGCUGACGGGAGAGGUGCCCUAUAAGGACGUGGACUCCUCUGCCAUCAUCUGGGGUGUGGGCAACAACAGUCUCCAUCUGCCUGUACCCGAUAGCUGCCCCGACAGCUUCAAACUACUCCUGAGGCAAUGCUGGAACUGCAAGCCAAGAAACAGGCCUUCCUUCCGGCAGAUUCUCCUGCAUCUGGACAUCGCAUCAGCAGAUAUACUAUCGACUCCACAAGAAACCUAUUUUCAGACUCAGGUGGAGUGGAGGGAUGAGGUGAGGCACCACUUUGAGAAGAUCAAGUCUGAAGGGACGUGUCUUCACAGGCUGGACGAGGAGCUGAUCAAAAGACGCAGAGAAGAACUCAGACACGCACUGGACAUCCGGGAGCACUACGAGAGGAAACUGGAGAGAGCCAACAAUCUCUACAUGGAGCUCAAUGCCAUCAUGCUGCAGCUGGAACUCAAAGAGAAAGAACUGCACAAGAGGGAGAAUUCCCUGGACAAGAAGUACCCGGGCUGCUUCAAGCACCAAAGCUCCAGACAGUCGGCCUCCUCCAACUCGAUGGAGAAGCUCAUGAAAAAACGCAACGUGCCUCAGAAGCUUCCGUCAUACAGCAAGAGGCCAGACUUACUAAAGUCCGAGGUCAUCCUCCCCAAACUGGACUCUUCAAUGACACUGGUCACAAUCCCCAACAAGGGAUCUACCUCCCCUGGCCGCUCACGCCGAGGAAAGCCCCGCUACAGGAAGGCCGGGAAAGGCAGCAGCGGGGACUUUGCUCAGCUGAAAGCCACUCUGUCCUCUUCCUUAGCCAUGGUGAACGCCACCUCGUCCGUUCCCAGCAGCAAGCAGCAUUUAGACCCCAGUGCAGCCCUGCGAGGCCUGCAGCACGAUCUGCUGCUCAAGAAGAUGUACUCCUCCAGCCCGGACCUCAUUUCAACCACCCUGGAGGCCGAAGGCCGGAGGAAGGGGCAGGUCAUGCCGGGGCUGGACAGGGCGGGCAGCCAGAGCGCGUCGGCCGGGCUGGGGGAGAGCAGGAGGGCCCGAGGGCCCGAGGAGGGCCCGGACGUGAGCGUGCGGACGGAUGACCUGGCGGGAACGCCCCCACGCAGCGACACGCCCAGCGAGGACGCGGCUUCCAUCCCGUUCUCCAGCAGCCCCGACUCGCCGUGCGGCAGGGGAGGGGGAGCCGCCGGCGCCGCAGCGGGGCGGGCGCCCGCGCUCGGAGGCCCCCGCGUCUCCCACGACGGCGAGGAGAAGGAGGACGGCGUGGUGGUCACCCGCUCGCCCAGGAGUCAGCGCCUCACUCCCGCUGCGCUGCUCUACAGGGCGGCGGUCACGCGCAGCCAGAGACGUGGAGUGUCGUCAGAAGAAGAGGAGGGAGAGGUGGACAGUGAAGUGGAGUUGCCAAGGAGACGGCGCCCCGUGAGCAUGACCAAGUGCCAGUCCCUGUCCAACUUCAGCUCAGAGAACCUGUCGGUGUCGGACGGCGAGGAGGGAAACACCACCGACCACUCCCACAGCGGCACGCCGGACGUGGUCAGCACCAACACCGACGAGCGCCUCGACGACAAGAGCGACGACCUGCUGUCUCAGGGCUCGGAGAUUCCUGCUGACCCGUCCGACUCGACCCACGGCUUGUCUGAGAAGGAAGCUGUUCUCCGACAAGUCAAGACCCAACUCGCUACUAAUGAUCACAAUUAUGAGCAGGGCCUGUACGAUGACUCGGACUGUGACAGUGCAGAGCUGGACCACUCGGGCAGCGCUGAGCCCAGCCGGCCUGCAGCCAACUGGUGAAAAACCCCGACACCUCAACCCGCCCCAACUCCUGCCGACCUGCCCCUGCCCCCCCCUGCUCCCCCCCUGGGGGGGGGGGGCGGGAGAACGAGGCGUUUCUCUAGAUGAUCACGAGCAGGAAAGUCAAAACAUUCACUCGGUGAGUGUUUUCAGAGCACUGAUGUCCUGGGGUGUGGAGGGGGGGGGUUAACAGAAAAUCCCAUUUCCUCUGAGAUAAACCGUUUCCGAGCGACCUGAAACUGGAUCGGAACACUGACGGCGAGCUGACGGAGCGGCGGCCGUCAAAGCGCCAUCCAAACGGUCGUCUAUUAACGUCUCGUUUCACCUUCCAUGUGUAUUUUUUUAAUCUCCGUUAUGAAAAUGUCUCAUAUCAUUUCACAUCACGUCGUAUGAGAAUCUGACUCUAACGUCUUAUCAGGGUGUCAUUAUAUUCUAAUGUUGCUAUUGUCGACAUCACUGGGACACCUGCUGAUGUUUCUGCUUGCACUUAGUCCAUGAAAUGUACAAAUUUUCUUGUGAUGAUCGUGUCAUAUUGCAUUUCCUCCCAUAAUGUUAUGCAUUGAUUUAUUGUUAUUUUACAGUGAAUUCAUUGACAUUCUUAAGAAAAACAUGUUUACAUUUUUCCUUUAUAUUGUUUGCAAUUUUUAUUUACAUUUGAGUCAUGGAUUAUGUUUUGCCAUUUUCUACUCCUGUGUUUUAAUAUCUAUGUAAAUAUGUGAUGUUGUAAAAUGAACAAAUUUUUAACACGUGAGAUUGUAUAAUUUAAAGGUGCUGAUGUUUGUUACUAGGUGCCACUACUCUAUUUGAACUUCGAGAAGCUUAUGUUAGUAGAAUGUACUGUAGCCUCUGGUCAUGUCCGAGCAUCAAAACACAGAUAAAAGAGUAACGUGUGAACAAAGAAAAAGCAAUAUGUCCGCUCCGGUCAUGUCACAGAUCAGAAGAACCACAGCUGACUUUGCUGAGAGCAGAUGGGCUUUUUUAAAUUUAUUUUAUUGGUAUUGCAGUGUUGACCGUAUUAAAACGCAAUACCAGUUAAAAAUCCCCUUUUGAACAUCUAGGGAUGUAUAUAGCAUCAGAAAAGCAUGCUUGUGAUGAAGUUUGCGUGGCUCGUUUGUCACUAGAAUAUUAGCUCCAUCCAUUGAAAAAGAAAGCCACUGGACUGCAGACUAAAGGCAAAUGGAUGACGGGGACACAAAACACACAAAUAUCAGAUCGUUUGCAGUUUUCUUUCACUAAGGUGCGACUUUGCCGGACGUUUGCAGCGUAUCAGUAAAGAUGAGUUUCCGUUAGUAAACUAGAGUUUGUGGCAGAUGAAUAAUUAAUUAGCUUAAGCAGAAUUUUGUUCUGUCCUUCCACAAAAUAGUUUACCUACAAAAGAGCCUUGUGAAAUCAGGAUCUGGCCACUUUUAUCUAAUGCCGACCCCCAACAUGGAAGAUUAAUUUAUAUGUUGAUCCAUAAUAUGGCUCAUUUGUU